CCUACGACAACAUCCACCCCUUGCGAUAUUCCACGACCGCAACCAACCACCAAGCAAAUUCCGAUUACUACAAUCGACAAGCCGCAAAAAUGGAAAACGACAAGGGAGAGAUCGUGGACCUGUACAUCCCCCGAAAGUGCAGCGCUACCAACCGCAUCAUCAAGGCCAAGGACCACGCUUCCGUUCAGAUCUCCAUCGCCAAGGUCGACGAGAACGGCCGACAGAUUCAGGGCGAGAACCACGUCUAUGCUCUCUGCGGAUUCGUGCGCGCUAUGGGUGAGAGCGACGAUUCUCUUAACAGACUCGCUCAGCGGGAUGGCCUCGUGAAGAACGUCUGGAGCGCAGUCCGAUAAAUUCCUUUAUCAUCUGGGUGAUAGGCAUUGGUGUUCACGGGGAAUUCAUGACUGUAUGGUCGGCAUGGGAUUGUUUUUGAUGCUGCAUCUAGCCGGUUAGAUAAACCGCCACAUCCACGUUUCGGAACGAAUACAAACGAUUCCCUUUCGCGCCUUAAAUUCUCUUGAUUCCAGUAACCUGCUGCCAAACCCCAUACGGCUAGCGAAGUCUUCUCGCGUCCACCUCCGAGUGACCCCAUGGGCGAGGAUUCUGGGGCUACCUCGAUAGCCUCCGUGCCGAAGAUUAACAAUGGCCUUGAAAAAGCCGUAAUGCUCGAGACGUCCAUUACAGCACAGAUACGGGUCAAACAUAUUUCCUUCCUCGUAACUAGCUUAAGCCCGUCGUGUAUCCCACCUGCAUCCGUUUCCCAUGAUGCCCCCUGGACGUGUUUUAGAUGGCACAUAGAUUACCCCCCAACCCCUAGAUUUGAAGGAUUCCUCUCUGUGAUGUAGAGUAACGAUAGACGGCGUGCGAGCCUACGUUAGUUGCUAUCUUUUCAAAUUUAGAUCGUGUUCUAUCUAAAAUAUAUUCUAUUGGGUCCACGAA